UCUUUAAAUUCAAACGUUCAAUUUUUCUUAACAAUAAUUUAUUACUAUACGCUUUACUGACGAUAAAGAUUGGAAAAGAAAAUGGAAAAUUUCACACCGGUAACGAUGAGGUCACCACUUUCUGAAAGCAUUGGCUCCAUCUUUCAGAUUUAAUUUGUACUCCAAGCAACAUUUCCCGAAUGGCCCUUCCUUGUCACCUGUUCGAAGUGAAUGUCAACUGUCACUGUAUACUUAGUGAUACUUAGUCAAGAAACUGAAGAAGCCGUAAAAAGCUUCUCAACUUUGGAGCCGAUUGAAUGUAGUGAAAGAACAUUUGUGGUUUGAUACGUUUAUUGUAAUUUCCUGCCAUUUAUCUACGACCAUGGAAAGGUGUUUUGUUGUGACCUAACCUUCAAAAUUUGAAGAAGAAAACUUUUCAAUUGUUGUUGUGGAUUAGUGCCAUCGUUCUAUCGAAUAGCCAAAAAAAUGAACGAAGGUUCGGGAUUUGGAGAACUGCAACAAUUGGUUCAGGAGGAAGAGAGUGAGGAACCGACAAGUCGAGGGGGUGAAGCUACGCCACCCUCGACACCAGCAAGGUCAAAUAGGACCAGUAAAAUCGAAGUUCCUCCGUCUCAUAACACGCAACAAGUUGCUUGGGAAAGCAGCACUCAGAUAUCACCGAUAGCGAGCAAAAAUGGUAGCUCAGGGCCUACGACAACGAGCCAAGCCUCUUUGGCUUCUGGUAAAGCAGCGAAUUCAGCGAAUCAAGCAUCUGGUACCACAUCAGCCAAUCAACCUCGCAUAACUUAUUUGAAUGAGAAGCAAGAGAAGCCACAGAAACCGUCCAGACCAGAUCCACCAAGAACUACCAGACAACACAGAGUCGGAAUGACUGAAACUGCAAGCACGGUGUGCAAACAUCAUUGCUUUUUGUCAGAGGUACCCGACGUUCGAUGUAUGGAGCAAGCACUGCUUCAGUUGCUCGAGGAUUUCCACAGUGGCAAUCUCCGAGCUUUUGGCAAGGAUUGUAGCAUGGAACAAAUGACAGAAAUAAGAGAACAACAGGAACGCUUGGCUCGUCUUCAUUUUGAGUUAGGUCAGCGUCAGGACUUUGGCAUGGGAGGCGGUGAACAAACUGAUCUGAGACAAUCGAGUGCGAAUAUGAGACACUUGCUCCAUCGUUUGCAGCAGCUGAGCGUUUGCAUCGAGAAACUUCACAGCAAAUAAACGUCCGCGAUCAAUUGCACAACGCUUUUUCUUAUAAAUUGCUAUGAGCAGGAUUAUUCUAAGACUGGAUAUUUUCAUACAAGCUCCCGUAAACAGACAGUGCUCGUUGAAAUCAUUUUCAAUAAUACAGAUAUCUAAUAAUGUAUAUUAGUGAUGUGAGAAGCUGCAAAAAAGCACAAUUAACGAGAAUAUUUAUCGAAAUAUCAUACGUUGACAUGUUUGUUAAUUUUAUGGACUAAAUAAAUGAAAGUAUAAUGAUAGUGAAACAAAAUGAAAUACGAGACAAUUUCAAGCGUUUGAUCCAAUGGACAUGACGUCAAAAAAACACUUCGGGAUUUGCGGUGAACCAACCGAAUAUCUCGAUGAAUUUCGACCUCACCCGGUUCACCGUGAUAUCAAAAAAGUUUGUGAUGAAAAAAGUUUUUCGAAAAAAAGUACAAUAAAACCUCCAAAAUUCUCAACGA